AUGGUGACGACAAGAAGACAGGCGGCCUCUGCAACUCCGGACCCGAAAACGCCCCAAAAUGCUCCGAAUCCCAACCCAAAUACCCGAAACCCUCGAACACCAUUUUCCACCACGGCCAUCAUCUCCGCCUCCGUCAAAUCUGUCUUAUUGCAUGAUUGGUGGCUGGUAAAGGCUAAAGGAAAGGGCUUGGCUGUUGGAGGUCUUUCUUCUAGAGAUGGACUAGGAGUAAGAGUUUUUAGCUCAGCAGAAAUUUCCAAGAGACACACGGCCACUGUUCUUGAGACAGCAGAUGGGAUCAUGGUUACAGUUACUGGCUUCUUAGAUAGGUCUCGCACGCAUCAAAAUGGCCUUCCCCCAGAGCUAUACAAUCACUUUCUGCUUGGAUUUCCAUUUAACUGGGAGGAGUACGCUGCUGUUGAUUUGGGUGAAGAUUCUACUGACAUAGGUGCUUCAUUGAGGAAAUCAGCUUCGCAAAAGUUCAACGUGCCUUCAAGAAACAACGAAGUUAUGGAGACUCUGAUUAUCGUUCACUAG